GUGAGCGUUACACAUAACUGAUUAAAAGUCAGUAGCCGAUGAUAACCUUUGUGGUUUUAAUUUAAGAAAAACAUCUGAAUAAAUUAUUUAUGUAAUACAGUUCAUGUACCUAUUGAUUUGUAGGUAUUCUAUGUAUGUAUGUCAUAGGAGAAUUUGCCAUUUCAACUCACAUUUGUCAAAAAUAUCGAUUUCGUAUUUUAUUAAAUAUAAAAAUAGGUUUAUUUUAUUGUAUUGCGCUGCGUUGUAAUUUAACAGUCGUCGAAAUGAAACAGGAAAUGACGAGUGCCAUACAUCAGAUAGGGGGAGACAAGGGCCCUCCUGCGAUCACCUCUAUCAUUAGCCAAUUGAAAGAUUGGCGCGGCAGGAAUCGUCGACAACACCAGUUGCACUCGGAGCCCGCACAAGACCAUACCUAAGAGAGGGCUCGUGGGCCACGUGUGAUCGUCAGCCGCCCGCAACACCUGCACCAAUGUUGCUCCCGAGAGGCCAGCUGUUCCUAGCGCUGCUGAUCGCUUGCCUGCUCCUGGCCGGCCUCGCAGACGCAAGGCGCGGCCGAACAAGGAGCAGAACCAAGUCUAAGGUGCAAAUAGGCUUGCCCAUCACUGGAAAAUAUAGAGACCCCGAAUCAGAUCAGUAUUACAAUAACAAUGAUGGAGCCAAAAUAUUACUUGCAUCUCAUUUUGACCUCGAGUAUGUGUUGGGGCAUAAAAUUGCUUUUUUAUGCAUCGCAAAGGGUUCUCCUCGGCCACACAUUACGUGGUUUAAAGACGGAGUUGAGAUAUUUGCGCACCACUAUUUACAUAUCCACGAGUGGCCUAUCGGAGAUGACCGCGUCAAGUCCAAGAUUGAAAUCGAUCCCGCGACUCAGAUGGACGCGGGAGUGUACGAGUGCACGGCGGACAACAUGUACUCUAUAGAUCGACGCUCAUUCAAGACGGACUUCUCAAUAGCAUUUGAUUAACACAUACAAUUGAUACAAUAUACAAUCACAGCACGUCACAUUAUUUAUGUCAGUAAAGAGCACAUGCAUUAAGUAGAUAACUGUUAAGUUUCAUAUCAAGUUUAACCGGCACUCAAAUUCAUUAUUGCUCUAAAAAUAAAGUCUAUUAUCCUUGAA